AUUCGGGUCAAGUUCCGUGAGAUGAUAGCAGAGAUGAACAUCGCUGACACCAGCAGCAUGCUCACCAUGCCUAUUGAUAAGAUGAAGCUCAUGCUCAAGAAUAACAAUAAGAUCACAACACAAGGCCAGAACAAACUGGACUCACCGAGUGACUACAUUGAUUACCUGGAGAGAGAUGACCUCAGUCCUAAGAACAUCUUGAGAACACUCGAGUCCCUACAGGUGUCUCUUCGGAGCAACAAAAUUCAGUUCCUAUCAGAUUUUGCUCAAAACGGCGGCCUAAAGCGACUCCUGAGCAUCUUGAAUGAGUGCUACAGAAGGGGCAGCCAGCAGUGGGACCCUAUUGAACACGAAGCCAUCAAAUGUUUACGCGAGAUCUGCAACAACAUAAUCGGCAUCAAAGCAUUCUUCUCGCACAAAGAAGCCUUCACCGUCCUUGCCCACUCCCUGAACCCCACCAAAUCCACCAUCAUGUUGGAGGUCGUGAAGCUCAUGUGUUCCUUCAGUUUACCGAUGUGGCACGAACACGGCCUGGAGGGCCACAGCGAGGUGCUCGGAGCCAUCACGGCCGUGGCAGACUUCAAAAAACAGGAAAGGUUCUACCCCAUUAUUGAAGGUCUUAGGAUCAGUGAUGAAGAAGGUCAUAAUAAGAACAGUGAUGCUCUAAAGCUCAAUUGUCUCUGCCUUGUUAAUUCACUCAUCAAUUUUGUUCCUGAUGAUAACCUCGACUUCAGAAUACAUCUGAGGAACGAGUUCAUGAGAACAGGAUUGCAGGAUUUGCUCGAGAGUCUCAGCACGAGUACUCAUAUCGAUAUCAAAAGACAGCUCGAAAUAUUCAAUAAGUACAGAACAGAAGAUUUUGAGGAUUGGCAAGAUAGAUUUUUCAACCACAUUGAUGACAUUGAUGACCUGGGGCGGUGUUUUGAGAUCGUACGAAACCAAGUCCAGGACUCAGAGUGUGAGCUGCAGCUGCUGUCCAUCCUGCAGCACCUGGCGUUCAUAAGGGACGAAGAAGGCGUACGCAGUUCGUAUUAUCGUCUCAUAGAAGAGUGCGUUACGCAAAUCGUGCUCCAUCGCGACGGCUGCGAUCCAGACUUCCGCUCAACGAGGCGUUUUGACCUCAAGGUGGAUCAUCUGGUGGAGCAGCUGAAGAAGGAGAGUCAAGCCAAAGGCCAGACAAUCGCGCUGGAGUAUCAGAAGCAGCUUGACGACGCGCUCUCUGAGAAACAUAAGCUCGAGGCUGAACUCGCCCAGAGCCGCGCCAAGAUAGAAGAUCUUCAGAAGUUCGGCGCCCAGGGAGACCCCAGUAAGAAAGGUGGCCUCAUGGUCGUGCCUGGCCUCAGUGAGGCUAUUGGCAGAGGGCUACCGCCCCCUCCACCUCCCGUGCCUGGUGGUGGUCCUCCUCCACCGCCACCACCUCCAGGUAUGGGUGGCCCUCCACCACCACCUCCCCCUCCAGGAGGUUUCAGAGGACCGCCUCCGCCACCUAUGCCUGGUAGUUCAGCUCCUCCCCCGCCACCCAUGCCUGGUGGUCCCCGUCCACCGCCUCCACCAGGUGGUCCAGGCUUUGGCCCGCCACCACCUCCCGGUGGUCCCAGACUGGCAGCCCCUGCAGGUCUACCUCACGGCAUGACGCUGCGCAGGGCGAGCAUCAAGCCUGAGGCGCAGACCAAGCGCCUUCAGUGGAACAAAGUUACGCCUCAAAAGAUGAGUGAGAAGAGCGUGUGGGUGAAGCUCAAUAAAAAGGAACCGAACAUUAAGAAACAAGUUCUCGAGACGCUCGGUGCAAAUUUCGCAGUAAAGCAAGUGAAAAAGAAAGCCGUAGAUGGAGCUGAAAAGUCAGUUAAAAGGGAGAAAGAGUUACGGGUUUUAGAUACAAAAACUAAUCAGAAUUUGUCUAUAGCUCUGAGAGGCCAGUACAAACAUCUGUCUCUUGAAGAAAUACGUCUCGCUAUCCUGAGGUGCGAUGAGCAGGUCUUGUGCUUGGAUUCUUCUGGCUGUCUGGACUCGGCUGCCAUUCAGACAUUGAUCUCGUCUCUUCCCGACCAUGACGUCAUCAACAAAGUUGUAGCUCUCGAGGACGAUCCUGACGACCUGGCUGAAGGCGAGAAGUUCCUGCACACCAUCGGCAGGAUCAAGAAGUUUGUUCCUAUUUUGCGCAACAUGGCGUUCAAGGUGGAGUACCCGCAAAUGUUGGAAGACGUUCGUAGGGAUAUUGUCAACACCCGCGCCGCUCUUGAAGAGCUAAUGAAUUCCAAAAAGUUUGAACGCGUUCUCUAUUACAUUCUCGAGUUCGGUAACGUUUUGAACUCUGGCUCUCGGAACGCCGACACUAUCGGCUUUGACAUCAGCUUCCUUCCAAAGCUGGCCAACACAAAGGAUGUCGACGGCCAGACGUUGCUGCAUUACCUCGCUGAGACCAUGAUAAACGAGGAGCCUGAGUCAGCAGAUUUCGAGGAUGGGUUGCUGCACUUCGCGGCAGCUGAGAGAGUCAACGUCGACCAAGUCAAGGCAAACCUUGCGAAGAUGAAGAAGGAGAUCAACAAUAUUGGCAAUGACCUGCAGAGACAUCACAAGCAGGAUCCCGAAGAUCGGUUCCGCGAGAAGUUUGAGGAGUUCUACGAGAAGGCGGACGGGGAGGUGUCGCUGCAGGAGACGUCCCUCGAGAUGAUGCUCAAGUGCUACAAGACCGUCUCCGAGAUCUUCACCUUCGAGGUCUCGAAGUACGCACUCGAGGACUUCUUCAAGGACUUCAAUGAGUUCAUCGCCCUUUAUUCGCGCUGUAAAGAGGACCUCAUACGACGCCAAGAGAAGAAGCGGCGCGACGAAGAGGCUGCAGCUCGAGCUGAACUGGAGCGCGCUGACCGAGCUGACAGAGACACGAGGCAGCGCGCCCUACAGGACGUCACCAACGACCAAACAAACACGGAAGUCAUGGACCAACUGGUGCAGCUCAUCAACACGGGACAAGUCUUUGAUGUGAUGGGGCGGCGACGGCGGCAGCCCAAGAGUGCAGCGGAGCGGCGUGCAGAACAGCUCAACAGGUCCCGCUCACGGUCUGGUCUCACCUCCCCCUCCUCAUCCUCCAAAUUGUCAGCAGCUCCUGACACGCUGGAUGGGCUGCUGUCAGGGGCUGACGAGAACGGCAUGCUGCCCCGCAAGUCUCGCCCUCGCGAGCGCCGCGCCCCUGGACUGCCCACAGGUCUCGAGUCUCGUGAUCGUCUCGUCGAGUCGUCGGCAGGAGGUGCCCCGACCAACGGAGGGGACCAGGCUGCGCUGCUGCAACGCCUUCGUGAUCUUUGAAACACCGAUUUUGAUGAUUAUUUUAUAGUCUUCAAGUUACUGACUAUUGUUGUUUUAGAGAGCGUUUGAUAAACGCUGUGUAGUUGCAGUUACUGCCAGACGCUGCAUUGAAAAUUGAUGACAGUGCAGUGUAAGUGCAGUAACUGCCUGAUGCUGCGUUGAAAAGUCAUUGAUGACAGCACAGUGUAAGUGUAGUAACUGCCUGAUGCUGCGUUGAAAAGUCAUUGAUGACAGCGCAGUGUAAUUGCAGUUACUGCCUGAUGCUGCGGUGAAAAGUCCUUGUUGGCUCUCUAACUUCAUUGCCAUUUCCACCUGAAAUUGUUCUCUCCUUGAAGGGUUUUGUGUUCAACAGAAAUUUGUGUUUAUCUGAAAAAUUGAUAUCGUCAUUGGUCACCAGUGAACGUGCAAUAGCUACUACGAUUCAUCGCGGAAAAUUCACGAUUGUUAUUCUUGACCUUCGCGUGUUAAUGCGAAUAUUGGUUGCAUUAAAAUCACCUUGAAAAACCUGAAAAGUUUGCUUUAAAGUUGUUAAAUUUUAAUAAGUGAUUUCCCUGAUACGUGCGCGAGGACGUAUUUGUUUCUCCAUGUUGAAGGAUAUUAUAAAUACUUUCUGCUAUAUAAUUGACUCCGCACAAAUACUGUUAAAUUUAUGGUCUGGUAAUAUUAUUAAAUGUAUGGUCUGUAAUUGGCUCGUCUGUGGAUAUAUUUAGCUCUAACGAUGAAUGCUUGUCUUCCAUCUUCUAUUUUGUUUUCGCUAUAAAAAAAACUGCCGUGGCAAAAUUCCGCUGUAACGUUGAUUCUGGUUGCACAUUUUUGCUACAACAAAUGAUGCUAUUUUUGUAGUGCAAUUUUGUGUGACAUGUCUUCCAAAUAUUUUAUUCCAUUGUAUUGUACAUUUGACCAACCUCGGCUAUUGGAUAGAUUUGACGUCGCCUCAGAGUGUUCGUUGCUGUACAGUAUCAGUUCUUUAUUUAAGUCAUAUAUAUUAUUUGCUGACAAUUUACCAUUUCAGGUUUAAAUUAUACUGAGAAGUUAAUAAUAAGCUUUGCUAAAAGGGCUUUGUAAAAAGUGUUGUGCAUUUCUAUCUUUUAUAAGCAUUUAUUUGACUUGAUAUAAAAUAUUAAGACUUGCGGUUAUUACCGCACUAUUUCUUCACGUUCUCCAACCUGCCGAUAUGUGAAAACCUAGCGCGCAUUUGGAAAAUUGUUGUACCAUUUAUUUGAGCCUUCUUACGUGUUUGUUCCACUGUUCCAUGUUCAAUAACCCCUCUUCCAUGGUCCAUUACCCUUGUUCCGUGUUCCACGACAUUUGUCUGUCUGGCACAAACAUGCCUGCCUUCACUUGAGCCUUGUGUUGUGCCAUUCUUAUAUUACAGAAAUUUCUUCAUAAGCAAUUUACUCUCAGUCAAAUAGUCCACUGAUAAGCGUUCAAAAUGUCGUCUUUAUAGUAUUCGCAAAGUGUAUUCCUGUUUACGUCUUGCAGAACUUCAGUUAAACAACUCUCUUGUCUUCAAAGUUUUUCUUCACUAAAGACCGCCCAGGUUAUGUACCCAGCAGGAUCUUCUAGUUCUUAUUCCAGUAUUAUGCAUUGAAGUUAACCAGGGUAUAAUUUUGAGACCUGUGAUUGAAUGUUUCUAUGAUCACUAGAAAUUUGAAAUUAAUAGACAAUAAUCUCGAGGCUCGUAACCAGAUGUCUCUUUGACAACUAGAAAUUCGAAGUGUGGGUGUAUUUUCGUGUUAACUUCUUGUGUGCUAAUAUUUUAUUGUUGCUACGACAUUCCGCUUGAUGUUGAUUACCUGCUCUUCUUAUUUGGAAAAUCCUUUAAGGAAGGAAACGAAUUCCAUCUGACCGAGGCGAAUAUGAGUAAUGGACACUUUUAUUUACUGAUUGGUCUUUCUAAAGGCACUUUGUACUAGGGAAUUUUAGUACAUCACUGUGUACAAAACGAAUUCCACCCGACAGAGGUGAAUAUGAAUAAUGGUCACUUUUAUUGACUGUUUGGUCUUUCUAAAGGCACUGUCUACUGGGGAAUUUUAGUACAUCACUGUGUACAAAACAUUACGCAUUCCACGAACGUUAUACGAUAUUUUCCGUCAGUUACUGCCACGGUGUCGCGCCGCUCAAUCAAACCGCAUUUAAUAUUGCGUGUAACGCACAAACUUGGCGUCACGCUUCCUACAUUUGUUAUUUAAUGUUCCCCUUUUUGAUUCAGUUUCUUUAUAACUUUGACGUUUUAUGCAAAAAUAGAGCAUGCAAAUCCUUUGCAUCUGCUGCUGUUCUUUUAUUACUUAAACUGUUGCGAGCAGACUUUUAUGCACUACAAUGACGUGGUCGUCUGAUGUGUUCACUCGCAAAAAAUUUCGGACCUUAGAAGGUUGGUUUCAAACUGCGACACGCGAUAAGUUGAGUCUGUGUUAAUUGUAUUAUAAGAUUUUUAUUGUGCCUUGAGAUGACUGCCUUCCCGCUGCUGUGAUGCAGCAUAAGCCAGAGGUGCCUUUGCAUUUCCAUAUAUUGUUAUGGUA